AUGGGAGGCGGCAUAAAGCAGCUGGUGGCGAGCCUGCUGGGAGCGGUGGGUGGAGGCCAGAGGUGCGCCAAGGAGAGCACGCAGCCGCAGCCGCAGACAGUGGAGCUCAGGGUCCGGAUGGACUGCGAGCGCUGCGAGCGCCAGGUCAAGAAGGCACUCGCCGGCAUCAGAGUUGCAGGGGUGGAGCGCGUAGAGGUGAACAGGAAGCAGCAGAGGGUGACCGUCACUGGCGUCGUGGACCCCCACAAGGUCCUGCGGCGGGCCCAGUCCACAGGCAAGAAGGCUGAGCUGUGGCCCCGGAAUCAUCAUCAUCCUGGCUACGACGACCACAGCGCUGCCGUCACGGCCCGCUACGGCGCCAUCGGAGCGGCCCAGGCCAAUGACAGGUGGGCCCCAUCUCCCUACCGGCAGAACGCGGACGCAGUCGGCGCCGAGCAGAUCACCAGCCUGUUCAGCGACGAGAACCCGAACGCCUGCUCCGUCAUGUAG